GAGUUGCCUGUACAUGUAAAAACGUAGCGUUAAUUUUUCAGACCACAUAAUUCCCUUCGUGUUUUCAGAGGGACACAUUUGCCGGGUGGCGCAUCACAUCUGGAGGGGGAGCAUCAGUCAAGAGUAUCCCAACAUCAAUCUUCGCGUAUUAGUAGUUUGUCUGUGGAAAAUUCCACCUGACAGUUUUUUCUGAUGAGUGAUUUUCAGUUCUGCUCCGGAUUCUAACGUCUUUUGAUCAUAACGGAAGAAGUGUUGUGCCCACAUGGGCAGCGUUCUGGCUUUGUCUUCUGGUCCAGGCCAUCAUAACUGGCCUUUUUCCACGGACCCCCCACCUUCUCGCUGGAACGCACAUCCUGCUCACUGGGACAGUCCGCCACGCUGGGAAAGGAGAGAUGGCCGCCUACCCAACCCAGGCAGCUUUCACUCUCUCCACAGGAGCUGCAAAGAUGUGUUUCCUCAACAGAUUGAGGGAGUCAAGAUGAUCCUCAAUAAAACUCUGAGCAGCUUCUUCAAGGUCAGUCAUACUCUCCACCUCAGUGCUGUCAGUCCCUCGUACUAUCGUUUCCACGUGGAGCAUCUGCAGUCUGACGAUUACAGCAAGGACAAGGAUGCCCCAGCAUUGAUCGGAGAGAUGGACUCUUCAGGCAGUCUGAAUGCUCAUGCUCUGCUCCAUGUCACUGAGCGCGUACGAGCCAGAACAGUUUUCCAGACACAGCAGUCCCAGUUUGUAACGUGGCAGUUUGAAACUGAGUAUAGAGGGAAUGACUUCACUGCCGCUGUAACAGUAGCCAAUCCAGACGUCCUCAGAGAAUCAGUUAUUCUUGUGGCACACUUCCUGCAGAGUGUGUCUUCUGGGCUGGUUUUAGGUGGGGAGCUGGUCUACCAUCGGGGCCGAGCAGAGGAAGGAGGAAUUCUUACUCUGGCUGGACAGUACUCAAGACCCAACUGGGUAGCGACGCUGAAUGCUGGCAAAGGAGGUGCCCAUGCUAGCUACUAUCACAGAGCCAACAAACAGAUCCAAAUCGGGGUGGAGUUUGAAGCCAGUACCAGGACACAGGAGACCACAACAUCCUUUGGGUACCAGAUGGAACUUCCAGAGGCCAACAUGGUCUUUCGAGGUAUGAUAAACAGUAGGUGCAUAAUAGGAGGUGUGUUGGAGAAGCGUCUGACCCCGCUCCCUGCCACCCUGAUUAUGGGUGCCUUUGUAAAUCACAGAGGUGACAAGCUGCAAGUGGGCCUAGGCAUCAACGUGGGAUAAUCCGCCACUAACCCCUGCCUGAGUUAAAGCUUGCUGUCAGGACAUCCAUCAAGAGACCUAUUUCAAGGGCUUCUUUUUGACCCAAUCUUCCGAGGUAAAACACUUGAAGCCCCUAUUGUGGAUUGUUUGGGUGUUGAAGCUCAGAAUUGAAGCUUGCAACCUACCUUUCAAAAUGGAGGUGAUGUUUUCUGAUUGGAUUAUACAAGAAAAAUGAACAUGGAGGGGCUCAAAAACUGUGACUGAAGAUGUGUUACUGUUCCCCUGAAACCAAACUGCACAUCACCUUCCGGACAACGGGAACAGAAAGGAUGUUUACUACUGUAAACUGAAAAUAAUUAAAGGUUUUAUACUGUAAAGAAACAUAAUGUAUGAAGAUUAUAUAGAAAAAUAAUUGUGUUUUUUUUAUUUUUUAGCCCAUUAACUAUAAUUCUUGUAUACCAGAUCUGUCUGCUGACCAUUUUCUUAAUGAAAACAUCAACUUCUAGAAACAGGAAACCUGUUUUGGAGAAAUACAAAUGACCAAAUUCACUUCAUUCUUUUCUCAAUGUCCAUAUCGGCUAACUGUUUCUAACCUUAACCCUAGUCUUGCAUUGCCGGACCCACCUCCACAGCGCUGUGUUAGUUUGCUGGAAUAUGGUCUGGCUACACCACUUAUCUACUAUGGAAUAAGGGAAACGCUCUGGCUUGUUUGUAUUUCUUUAAACCAGUUACAACCGUCUUGGGCGGUGCUAAGCCCCGGCUGCAUCAACGGUGCCCUUGCAAAGUAGAUAGCAGAGAUAGCGGAAGCGGAGGAAUGUCAGGCUUUAUGCCAGCACUGUACAUCCAUUGAGCCAGACUAUCCUAACCCUAAUGCCUAAAGGAUCAAUCUAAAAAUAAAGUGGUCGGCAGAAAGAAAAUAGUGUAAAAUCAUGCUAAAACGCUAGUGUGUUCCUUAAAACUGUGUGUAUGAGUAAGUAAUUGUGUGUUUGAUUGUGUGCACAUCUAUUUUUCCAGCAUAUAAAACUAUGUGAGAAACCACACAUGAACAGUCGGUUGACUGUUAAAGAAAAGGUGUUGCUCCAUCCACCCGAGGGAUGUGAUAUAUAUAUAGAUUUAUAUAAAUAUUAUAUUAUAUAUAAUAUAUAUAUAUAUAUAUAUAUAAUAUAUAUAAUAUAUAGAUAUAUAUUAUAUAUAUAUAUAUAUAUAUAUAAGACAUUUGGAAGCACUGACCUCAAUGAAAUCUGCACUACUCACGCUGCUUCUGGGCAUUCCCAGUCCUGUUCAACAUAUGACUGCAUAUUAUUUAUACAUUAUGUAAUAUAAGCAUAGAGAGAAGUGGAAGGAAGUGACUGUCUUUUGGACUUAAUUUAUUAAAGAUGCUAUUUCUAUC